CGGGGCUGUGCCCGGGGAGGUUGUGAUGGGUUGACAGGUGCGUGACAAUCGCGCCGCUCUCUGCAAGCAUGUACGCCAAAGGCAAGAGUAGCACCGUGCCGUCCGACAGCCAAGCCAGAGAAAAGUUAGCUCUGUAUGUGUAUGAAUAUCUGCUGCAUGUCGGAGCUCAGAAGUCAGCACAGACCUUCCUGUCUGAGAUCCGAUGGGAGAAAAACAUCACAUUAGGGGAGCCUCCUGGGUUCCUGCACUCAUGGUGGUGUGUUUUCUGGGACUUGUACUGUGCAGCUCCAGAGAGGAGAGACACGUGUGAACACUCGAGCGAAGCCAAGGCUUUCCAUGACUACAGCGCGGCAGCAGCCCCCAGUCCUGUACUGGGGAACCUUCCACCAGGAGAUGGGAUGCCAGUGGGGCCCGUCCCACCAGGCUUCUUUCAGCCAUUUAUGUCACCUCGAUACCCAGGCGGACCCAGGCCCACACUCAGACUACCCAACCAGGGGCUCGGUGGGAGUCAGCCAAUGUUGCCCAGUGGAAUGGACCCCUCACGACAACAAGGACAUCCAAAUAUGGGCGGUCCCAUGCAGAGGAUGACUCCGCCCAGAGGCAUGGUACCCCUGCAGAACUACGGCGGCGGAAUGAGGCCCCCGCUGAACGCUCUGGUGGGUCCAGGGAUGCCCGGCAUGAACAUGGGACCUGGAGGGGGCAGACCCUGGCCAAACCCUCCAAACUCUAAUUCAACUCCCUACUCUUCAGCGUCGCCAGGCAGUUAUGUGGGUCCUCCAGGAGGAGGGGGGCCACCUGGGACUCCCAUUAUGCCCAGUCCAGCAGAUUCAACCAACUCCGGUGACAACAUGUACACAAUGAUCAACACGGUCCCUCCUGGUGGAAGCCGACCCAACUUCCCUCUUGGUUCAGGCGGCGAUGGUCCGCUGGGCGGGAUGGCAGGAAUGGAGCCUCACCACAUGAACGGAUCAAUAGGCUCUGCUGACAUGGACAGUCUGCCCAAGGUGAGAGAGACGAACUCUCCCGGGAACUUGAGUAUGAGCAACCAGCCGGGGACCCCGAGGGAGGACGGCGAAAUGGGCGGGAACUUCCUCAACCCCUUCCAGAGCGAAAGUUAUUCUCCCAACAUGACGAUGAGCGUCUGAGGCAGGUUGGAGCUUUGUCCAGCAGCAUUUGUCGACAACCUGGGGACAGGAAGUGAUGUCACACGGACCGUCGUCUCUUCCAUCUGUGGUCCGGCCUGGACCGUGGACUGUGGCGCCCCCUCUCUCCUCCCUCCCCCUCCUCCUGGUUUCCUCUGACAUCUUGGCCAACACCUUCCUCUCUGAAUGAUCAGCUCGUCCUCUGCCGAUGUACAAAGGUUUUAUCUACGUGGAGGAGAACUGCGUGUUUUUACUGUGUGUGCGCGCGCGCUCCAGGCUGAUGUUUUCACCGUCUCAACACAAUACAUUUGACUCUCUUCAAUUUGGAUCAGACCCAGAGAAACAUUAUGAAACAAAAUGUUCAGUUCAAAACCCCCGAAAAAUGUAAAAAAAGGGCCCCAAAAACCUUCAUCCUUUGUAUAGCUGAGGGCCACAACAUGUAUCCGUUUGAUCGGCUUAAGGGACGAUCAGAGGUCACAUGGCUUCCUACUACUAAAAUGUGGUGGUGGACCAAUGGUGGUGAUGAAAAAGUGCCCUCCCUCCUCACGCGCCACCACAAGUUGAACAGCUCAAGGACAAAUUCGGGCUCCUCACCCUGCCCUCCAUCCCACUGACUCUCUUGUGUUUACCUGUUGAAAUCACUGAACUCAGUUAUCAAAAAAGGGAUCAAGAGUGAAUCACUUUCGUAACAUCGUCCGGAUAAACUGUGAUCUCGGUGGUACCAGAGGCUCCGGCCCUUCCUUCCCCAGAACUUUUGAUGGCCCGCCUUGUACAGAAAACAUCUCUUUCCACUGUACAGCUGACAAAUGUAGCUCCCUGUCUCGUGUGUGUAUUUGAUAUUGUUGAUAUUAUUUAAAGUACCACUCUAUGGAAAGGUGGACUGCAGGUGAGAGGAAGUUCCUGUUCCUUUCUUCUCAGCGAAGCCACAAGUGGGGGAGACGCAUCUGUAAAUCGAGUCACGUUUCUUUGGUUAUGUGGCAGUUUUUGGAGACUCCAUUUGUGUCAUGUUCAUUUUUCUCUUUUUUAUUCUUGUAUUGUGUUUUUUUGUAAAUAUACAGAGAAGUGUGAAUAUGCUGGUAUAAAGCUUCUCUCCCCUUCACUGCGGCGUCCCUUGGUGGUGUCAUGACUCCGCUUCCUGGAUCAGUGUCCUGGUUUUGCUUUUUUCCCCUCUGUUCCUUUGGCACACGGCUGGAGCCGAUUAACCUGAUGACUUGACUUCAAAAACACCUGGGCUCCAGCAACGUGUGCCUGACCGUAUUUAUCCCAUCGUUUGUUCCCUGUGUUUGCCGCUAGUCCCUGUGAUUGUUCCUCUCGCUCCUGUCUUUUCUGGACCUCUCGUUCCCUGUGGUAACUCCCGGUUCUUGUGUCUCUCUCCGUGUUUGGGUCUCUUGCUCUGUCUGUUACCUUGAUUUACUUUGUCUUAUACUUUGGUGCCUGAAGUUAGUGUUUUGUUUUCUUCCUGUUUUUUUUCCGUGUGCUCCCUGUUUUCUUUUGUAGUUUAUUCUUGGUUUCAUUUGUGAAUUAAGUUAGUUUUUUUUCUCCCGGUUCGGUGACGCUUUCUGUUCUGUUUUAGUUUGUUUAUUAUUAAAUAUCUCUUUUUUACUCGUUCCUGCCUCCUGUGCCUAUCACCACUUGCGCUUGGGUCUUGGUCCAGUCCUCUAUACGUGACCUUCAGUUCCCACGUCCUCUAUACGUGGCUUUAGCUCCUUCGUCCCUUGACUCGUGACAUUACGGUCUGGCCAUGUUAAUAGACCCAGCAGUGUUGAAAGGCUGGCAGGACGAACUAGACCCUCAGGCCACCAAUGGAAGCAAUAUGGAGAUGAUUAUGCGGGAGAUCUCUGAGGCGGUUGCGCGGCUUUCCUCCCGCUCUGAUCUGUCCGGUUCUCCGCUUGCUUCCUCUGCUCCUCCUCUUAUGUUGGAGCAAACUUUCUGUUCCCGUCCUGCCCCCAGAACCCGAGCUUCCCGUCCGUGAUUUUGGUUCCCGGCGUCCUUAGUUUUCUAGUCAUCUGUCUGUACUUAUUUAUUUGUUCCAACGAAUAAAUUGUAAGUUAACCUCGUCUCCCGUGCCUUCUGCCGACCAACACCGCCUGCACUUGGGUCCAUCAGCCGUCAAUUAUGACAGGUGGUUCUUUAUGAAUGUGGCGGUGCAGUCAGAGCGUCGGUUAUGCUUCUCAACAGUUUGAGAAGGUUUCAAGGCUGAAUCUGAGGUCAACGGUGUCACAUG